AUGACGCAGUCGGCGUUGGAUGAGCAGAUGGUGGUGUCCGUGGCAUUGGCCAAUUCCGGAAGAGCCAAUGCCUCCAGACAUGACGACGAUAAAGACAUCUCCGAAGAUGAAGAGGCAGAGGACGCACACCCGCUGGAAGAUGAGGAACCGGAAGAAAGCACAGAUCCCACCAAGGUUGCUGUUGCAGAGGACGAUUUUGGGGACGCGGAGGAUGAAGAUGACCUUCACCUCGAAGUACCCCCUCCGGACGGCCAUGAAGAGCUUCAGAUAGAGGAGAAUUCUAGUCUUGCCAAAAACGGACGCUACAGGUCUCCUGCGGAGCGCAUUCACAGCUUGAUCGCUAAGUUCGUCUAUGCCCGACCCCCGGCACGUAACGACAAAAUCUCGAAGAAGAAGCCGCUUCUCUUCAUGCACCAGGCAAAGUCUGGUGGGACGUCGCUCCGUGAGGUUCUCUACCAAACUAGCAGGCAUCAUGGACUCUCCGCUUUCAUCCCCUGCAACGGCGGAGUCCACUGCCAGAAGUUUGAUAUUAACGGUGAGACAGCUGCGGUCUACGGAGGCCACUUUUGCUGGAAGGCGACCACCAACAACCUUUACAGGCAUGGGGUCCGCCAGUUCUCAUGUGUCACCAUCUUCCGUGAGCCCGUGGCACGCGCCACGUCUUGCUAUUACUACCGCCUGGUCGGCCAGCUGGGAAAAGCACCUUCUUGCAUUUCGGAUGUGCCACCACAGAAGCUAAAGUCGAAGCUGAUCGACGGUGCCUGCAUCAACGAGCCCUUUCGGAGGAUCGGCGAUUGCAAUGUGGCGACGCGUCUAGAACACCACAAAUCAGACGAGGCGCAGGUUUCGGCCUGGCAAACGACAUUGUCCCAUCUUGCCGGCUGCGUCCCGAUCAUCCUGGAGGAGCCGGAGUCCUACAAGGUCGCAGGACACUUGUUCCCUCAAUUUUCCGAUGCUUUCCACCAGAUGAGGCAGGUCAAGCUGAACAAGAACAAAAAGUACGACCAUCAUUGCAAAAUUACACAAGCUCAUAUUCGGGCCGUGAAGGAGGCAGCGUCACAUGAGAUCAAGAUGUACAAGGCAGCAAAGAAGCGAGUGUGGCGAUUGAAGGAGGAACUGAAGCUCUAG